AUGGCGUCCGCCGCCGCGCGCGGCACGCUCGCGCAGGCGCUGUCGAAGAUGCAGUCGCCGGAUAAGGAUUACAGGUACAUGGCGUGCUCGGACCUGCUGCGAGAGGUGACGCGAGAAUCGUUCGAUAAGUUCCCGUCGCGCGAGACGGAGGAGAGCGCGAUGGACGCGGUGCUCAAGGCGGUGUUCGAUCAGGCGGCGGACGUGGCGGGACUGGCGAUGAAGUGCGCGGCGGCGAUCGCGCGAAGAGGCGAGACGACGACGGCGGAGCGAACGACGAGAGCGCUGUGCGCGAGCGUGGGGGAGAAAAAGGACGCGGCGAAGCGAGACGCGGCGUGCAUGUGCCUGAAGACGAUCGUGCGGGAGAUCGGUGGGUUCGAGGGGGGGGCGAGAGAGGGCGUUUUGGGAACGUGCGCGCCGGCGUUGGCGACGCACGUGGCGACGGCGGCGCGCGCGGGCGCGACGGCGGAUGAGAUGAACGUCGCCGCGGAGGCCGUGGAUGUGUUGCACGUCAUGAUGACGGUGCUCAGUGAGAUGCCGCACGCGAGAUUGAGUGAAGAGCACAGCGCAAAGUUGCAAGAGACGUUGUUGAAACAUUUGGAACACGGCAAGUCGGGGACGCGUAAACGCGCGGCGCAGUGUUUGGCGCUCUUGGCGACGUUCAUGAAGGAUGACAUGCUCAAUCAGACGGUGAAUAUGGUGAUGGAAGUGUUGAAAGAUAAGGUUGCGGCAAAGAAAGGGAAGAGUGACUUGCACACGUUUGUCUUGGGCGCCACCGCGCGCGCGCUCGGCUAUCGCUUUGGCGAGUACGUGAACGAGGUGAUGCCUUUAUUACUUCGCGUUUGCGAAUCUUCCACGGACGAGUACGACGAGGAGGUGAUCGUGAACAUAGAGGGUGCGCUUCAAGCGAUCGAUAACGUCGUUUCUUCGUGUCCAGCGAACGUGCAAGGCGAUGAGGGCACAGCCGCACGCUUUGCGUGCGCGCUCAAGUACAUCUCGUACGAUCCAAAUUUUGACGACGACGAAACGGAAGACAUGGAUACUUACGAAGACGAAGAUGAGGAUGUGUAUAGCGACGACGAUGAAUACAACGAUGACGACGACGAGAGCUGGAAAGUUCGUCGCGCGGCUGCGAAAAUGCUUAGCGCCCUCGUCGGCGUCGCGUCCGAGCCGACGCUGUCGGAGCACUACGACGACGUCAUGAGCAAACUUCUCGCGCGAACGAAGGAUCGUGAGCCGAGCGUGCAACUGGAUGUGUUUUCUGUCAUCGGCGACAUCGUUCGAGUGGGUGCAAAAUUCCGCGAACACGAUCCAGAGUCCAAGAUGAGCGCCAAGUUGAGAGAGACGACGACGGAUGUCAUUCGAAUCAUCAUUCGAGAAUCGGCUUCAAAGUCGCCUAAGACGCAGGUUGCGGCGUUCGCGCUCCUGAGCUCUCUCGCAUCGGUGUUUCCUAGCAUACUUUCCGACAUCUCGGACGCAGAAAUUCGAAGCUCGUUGAUGAACAUCGUCCAACGUUGCGUCGGCGACAAGGCGUGUGGAAGUUCGGCUCGAAUUGAGGCGCUCGCGUUUGUUUGCAGUGUUUGCAAGCCGAAUAACUUGGAGAUCCUAGAGCCAUACGUGCGAGAUUUAUUGCCGCAAAUUUUUGCCGCCUGUACCGACAAGUAUUACAAACUUGUCACCGAGGCGUUGCGCGCGUGCGCCGCUGUGGUUUCUGUGUUGCGCCGAGAAGACACGGGAGCGGUGUCCGCCGAAAACGCAAGUCAAAUCAAGUCAUUACUAGAUGCAGUUCUCACCAAGCUCGACGCGAGUGAUGAAGACCAAGACGUCAAAGAAGCUGCGAUUCACGCUUCGGCGGUAAUUCUGGCCACGCUGAACGAUCACAUCAACACUCAGGAUCAAUCGCGAGCGCUCGGAUUGCUCCUCGAACGUUCGCGAAACGAGACGACUCGUUUACCUGCUGUGCGUGCGUUCGCCAUGAUCGCGGGAUCUUCUCGGCCAAUGGAUCUCUCUGCCGUUGCGGCUGCGAUGACGAGCGAGCUCACGACUUUCCUGCGCAAGGCGAAUAAAUCCUUACGCGAGAGUGCGCUCGCGGCGCUCACGGCGUUGAUUUCAUCGCAUCGCGCGGCGUUACAAGAUCCCGACGUCGUCCCCAUCGUCGUCGAAGCGUCGACUCUCUUGAGCGAAGAAGACUUGCAUCUUGCUACGCUUUCUGUUGGACUUUUAACCACAAUCGUAGCCGCCGCCAGCGUCUUCCCCAAGGCGACUCAGGAGACGGCGAAGUCGACGAUGCCACUCGCGCUCAAGCUCACGCGGUCGCCGUUGGUGCAGAGACAGACUUUGAAAUCGCUUCAAGAGCUCUAUAAGAAUCUCAUUCUUGCCGGUGUGGUGAAUUUUGAAUCUCUCUUCGAGGCUUUAUCCGACACGAAAGACAUUCAGUCCGUCGAUAGUCAGUUCGUGGCGCACAGUUUAGCCAAGUGCGUCGCCGCCGCAUGCGUCGCCGCGGCGGCGAUAAAGCAAACCAUGUCGACGCUGCUAGCCAAACUCCAAGGAGUCAGUGGAAUCGAGGCUGUGUACACGCUACUUUGCAUCGGCGAAAUCGGUCGUUUGACCGAUCUUUCGGCUGAUAAAGAAUUAGAAACCAUUUUGUUUUCCGCUUUCGAUAGCUACGGAGACGAAGUCAAGGGCGCGUCCGCGUUGACGCUCGGGCGAGUCGCCGUAGGAAAUCGUGCGAAAUAUCUCCCGCUCAUCGUGUCAAAGCUCGAGAGCGAUUCUAUGGAGCAUCAGUACUCGCUUCUUCAGGCGCUUCGCGAGGUUAUCGUCGUCGGAAACUUGACCGAAGACGAGGCGAGUAAAGUGUUGACGAUUUUGUACGGCACCGCGAGUUCGGAGGAGGAAGGCGUGCGAAACGUCGUCGCCGAGUGCCUCGGCAGAUUGGCGGCGUCAAAUCCGAGCAAGCUCAUACAAGACGUACACAAAAGAUUCGCCGUGAGCGCGUCGCCCCUCGAAAAGGCGACGCUCAUCUCUGCGAUAAAAUUCGCCGUGUUGGCGAGCGAAAAGGGCGAGCUCACGAAGAUCCGAAGCGAGUUGCGAUUGCCAGAGUUCAUGGGCGCCAUAUCGGAUGAGGACGUAAACGUGCGAACUUCGGUGAUAAAAACGCUCACUGCUGUGAUUCAUCGCGAGAGCACGCUCAUCACGCCUCUUCUUUCCGAUGUUUUACCAAAGCUGCUUGAACAGACAGCCAUCGCGACGGAGCUCGUUCGCGUCAUCGAUCUCGGCGCCUUCAAGCACACCGUCGACGAUGGCUUGGAGUGCCGAAAAUCCGCGUUUGAAUGCGUUAAUACCAUUUUGGACUCGUGUGGCGGUUUAGUGAAUGCGCGUGACGUCGUCGUAGCCCUCGCGAGCGGGCUUGGUGAUCAUUACGACAUCAAGAUGCUCGCGCACGCGGCGCUGCGCAAGUUGAGCGCCGGCGUCGCGCCCAACUCGGCGGACGCUGUGCUCGCGAACUUGGACGCAUUUUGCGAACCGCUGGUGAAGACGUUCACCGCGCGCGUGAAGAGUGACGCGGUGCAGCAAGAAAUUGAUCGUAACAACGAUUUACUUCGCAGCGCUCUGCGAUUGGUGUACUCGAUCAACGAGCACGCAGGGUCGGCGAGCGUCGCGUCGUGGAAAACUUUUAACGAGGAAUCGGUCGUCGGGGGUAAGGAAAACAUCGCCGAAAUGUAUGCGCGCAUAGAAAAAGAGAAUGAAUGA